GUUUUAGCCUCAUUGGUUAUAACUUCCGGCUUUGGAAAGUAGACGUGGAAUCAAUAAUUUUGCAGUAAAAUGAUAAUUUUGCAGUAGACUGAGAAUUUUCCUGAUGCCACUGUGCCACGGACCAGAUCAUUAACCAAAGAUUCAAUGUACAGCUAUCUUAAUUUAUAUCAUAAUAGUAUAAGGAUUACACGAUGGUAAGUCGACUAAAGCUCCAGUACUGCAAGAUCGUGCUGGCCACAUCUCUUGUCUGGUUCCUCCUUGAUGUCGUCCUCCUCAUGUACUACACAGACUGUGCUACCAACGCAGCCACAGAUUGUAACACUAAUAACAAGGUGAAAGAAAAGAAAGCAGACAGUGGCUCAUUACUACAGAGGAUUUUACCAAAAGAGCCUGUUGCCCCUAUAGACAAUGACAAGCACGCCAAGUUUGAAAUUCCCACCACGUACAAAAUUCCACCAAAAGUACCAGUCUUGAACAAGAAUGAAAAGCCAGGUUUAUUAAGCCGCCCAAGCAUGCCAGGUGAUAUGGGAAAGGCUGUCGUCAUACCAUCUGACAUGGACCAGGAGUCCAAAGAAAAAUUCAAAAUCCAUCAGUUUAACCUUGUUGCUAGUGAUAUGAUGUCAUUGAACAGAACUCUCCCAGAUUAUAGAAUACCAGGAUGCAGAAAUAAAAAAUAUCCACCAGUUUCUGUAUUACCAGACACUAGUGUUGUAAUAGUCUUUCACAAUGAAGCCUGGUCCACUUUGUUACGUACAGUUCACAGUGUGAUAAACAGAUCUCCACGAGAGUUACUAAACGAGAUCAUCCUAGUGGAUGAUGCUAGUGAAAGAGAGGAAUUGGGAGCAAAGCUGGAAGAAUAUUUAAGCAAACUUCCUAUUAGAUGUUAUGUAAUUAGAUCUGAAGAAAGAACAGGGCUUAUCAGAGCAAGGUUAAAAGGUGCUGCCAAGGCAAAGGGUAAAGUCAUAACAUUCCUAGAUGCUCAUUGUGAAGCCACCGAGGGCUGGCUGGAGCCUCUUGUAACAGAAAUAUAUAAAGAUAGAACUGCUGUAGCUUGUCCUAUUAUAGAUGUAAUUAGUGAUGAUACAUUUGAAUAUAUUACUGGAUCUGAUAUGACAUGGGGAGGAUUUAAUUGGAAACUUAACUUUAGAUGGUACCCGGUUCCACAGCGAGAAUUAGAUAGGAGAGGUGGGGAUAGGAGUCAGCCUGUAAAGACACCUACAAUGGCUGGUGGUUUAUUUUCAAUAGACCGGGACUACUUUUAUGAAAUAGGAUCAUACGAUGAGGGGAUGGAUAUUUGGGGAGCAGAAAAUCUUGAAAUGUCUUUCAGAGUAUGGAUGUGUGGUGGUAAAGUUUACAUUGUAACGUGUUCUCGUGUUGGCCAUGUGUUCAGAAAAACAUCUCCGUAUUCCUGGCCAGGAGGUGUUGCUAGAAUUAUAAACCAUAAUACCCAGAGAAUUGUAGAAGUAUGGAUGGAUGAAUAUAAAGACUUUUUCUAUAAAAUUAAUCCAGGUGUUAAAAACACAGAUUAUGGAGAUGUUAGUGCCAGAAAAGAAUUUAGACAGAAGAAACAUUGUAAAAGUUUUAAAUGGUAUCUGGAGAACAUUUAUCCAGAGUCACAGAUGCCUGUAGAAUACUAUGCAUUAGGAGAGAUAAAAAAUAAGGAAUCAGGUGCCUGUGUAGAUAGUAUGGGUCGUAAGAGUGGGGAGAAAAUUGGUCUAGUCCAUUGCCAUGGAAUGGGUGGAAAUCAGAUAUUUUCUUACACAAGUAAACAGGCGCUACAGACUGACGAUGUCUGUAUGGAUGUUUCGGCCAUGGGCGGCCCAGUUAAAUUGUUUCAGUGCCAUGGUCUCGGUGGUAAUCAGAAAUGGGAUUACAACAAGGAGACGAUGGAACUGAAGCAUGUAAACAGUAACCAAUGUUUAGGAAAAGCAUCACCUCAUGAUCAUGAAUCUCCAUCUAUAGGGCCUUGUGAUGGUAGUGAAGGUCAGAAAUGGACUUUAUCAGAUAUGAAAAUGUGAACAAUGAUACUGUAAGCAGAUUGGUGUGGACAAGGGUUAGAGAAAGUUCUUGAUGUGAUAUAGUCCGGAAGCAAGAAUUGUGCAGUUUGGAAGUGUUUUUACUUACGGACCAGACUACUUAAAACGGUGCAUUUCAAAUGUAUAUAAAUAAAAAAUAGGUAGUGCAGUACAAUUCUAUGUCUGCUACUCUCAACUGAAGGAUAUGAUUGUAUUGGACAAUGUGAUUUACAAAACUUUCCAUUAAAGUUUGUUAUAUGACAAAAUACCAGUUCAGUGCAGUGUGAAAUCUCUACAGGGUGGUUACGUUCUUGAUGAUUUAGUGCUAAAUGAUGCAGGUAACUCAGUUAAUUCCUCAUGAAUUAGUGCCAAGUGAUGCAGGGAAUAGGUAAUGCUACAUGAUUUAUUGAAAAAUGAAGCUUGGAACAACUAAUUCCACAUGAUUUAGUGCAACAGUAAUGCCACAUGAUUUAGUGCUAAAUGAUCCAGGGAAUAGGUAAUGCCACAUGAUUUAAUACUAAAUGGUGCAAGGAACAGUGAUUGCCACAUGAUUUAGUGCUAAAUGAUGCUGGGAAUAGGUAAUGCCACAUGAUUUAAUACUAAAUGAUGCAAGGAACAGUGAUUGCCACAUGAUUUAAUGCUGAAUGGUGCAGAGAACAGUAAAUGACACAUGAUUUAGUGCUAAAUGAUGCAGGAGAGAGUAAAUGCCACAUGAUUUCUAAAUAAUGUAGUGAAUAGUUAAUGCCACAUGAUACGGUGCUAAAUGAUGUAGCAGCCAGUUAAUUCUGUUAACCCAGUUAUAUCAUAUUAAAGUUAGUAUAUGCUAAUAUAGUAGCAGGGUUUCCACCAUUUCUUGAACAUGUUGGAAAGGUAGAAAUUUUGUACAAUAUGCAAAAGUUAAAAUCUUUAUUAUUGAUUCUUUCCAUACAGUAAAAUUGUAUACAUACUUUUAUUUAGCAAGAAGAUUAUUUCUGUGUGUUUGUGGAUAAUUAUUUAACUGUGCGGAAAUGUUAGAAUAGAGUCAUACAUACUGUAUAUACUUUACUAUAUGUAAAUUUAUAUCACAUACUGUAGAAAAUAUACAAAAAAAAUUGUAACUAGAUCAUUUAGUUUAACAAUUGAUGUUAUACAAGUUGUCAUACUGAACAGUUGAGUCAGCUUAUUUAUUUUCAUGGUACAAAUGAGUCAUGCAUGAAUUAAAAAAAAAUACUUUUAAUGGAAACUUGUCUAUUUUGAAAUAUUGUAACCAUGAUCUUACUGAAGGAGAUGCAUCUUUAUGGAUUGCUAAGGCAGUACAGAGAAAUUUAUACAUUUAUAUUGUAGAUAAUCAUACACAUGUUUACCUUUACACAAGUUUAUCUAUUGUUAUUUAUUUUAUUGCUUUUACUAUAUAUGUAUUCAAAUACAAUAUGCACAAAACAAAAACUAACCAUGACUGUGUAGGUGCAGAUGGGAAUUUUUGUCUCUCAAUUAACCUUUUUUUUUUAGAGAAAUUCAAUGUUCAAAGCCUUCUUACAAACAAGAAAAAAUCCUGAGGUUUACUUGUGUUUGCAAUUGGAAUGGUGUGAUUUGGCUAUCUGGUGUAUGUAUAUGUUACCUUUAGCCUGUUGGUGGCAAGUGAUUUUGCUUUUGUGACCAGUGCCGAUCAUGAUCACUGUUCAGUCAGUAAAUUUUCAGUGAACACCCCUUUGGUAAACAAGUGGAACUGCCCAGAUUGAAUGAUGGACCAAUCCCAUUUUAGAAAUUUAGCAGGGUAAAGGUUAAAAAGUAGUUCCAGAGUUUUCAGUCAAGGUAGACUUGUGAGUGGUUAUAUACAAUAUUUUAAAUGCAAAUGCAGCACAAAUAAAACUGCUGAAAUUCUGUAUAGUGUUGAUGAAGAUAUGCUGUGAUUUUGUAAAUUAUAUGUAUGAAAUAUAAAUAUGCAUUUUUAUUAUAUGUGAAUAGGGAUUGAGAAUUUAAUGGUUUGGUGGGGAGUACCUGGUAAAGGGGCUUGAUACGUAAGAAGAUUUAUACAUGCUGUUAAAAUUUUGAAAGACGGUCUUUAAUUUUGUCUCGCAAUAAAACACAUGUACUUAUAUUAAGAAUUAUGUAAUGAAAUAAGAAUGUUCAGCCGCAAAGCGCAGUUCCUUUACAACGCAAUAGAAGUGCAAUUUCCUUUACAACGCAGAGAAAGUGCAUUUCCUUUACAACGCAGAGAAAGUGCAUUUCCUUUACAGUGCAGUGAAAGCACAAUACCUUAACUAUGCCAUGUAAGUGCAGUUCCUUUACAAUUGAUAGACAACGCAGCAAAGACAGUGCAGUUUUACAGCGCAAUGAAAGCACAUUUUCUAUACAAAGUAGAGAAUGCACAUUUCCUGUACAACGUAGAGAACGCGCAAUUCCUUUAUAAUGCAGAGAAACAAAUUCCUUUACAAUGCAGAGAAAGUCUUUUAAAUUUUCUUUUAUGAAACCGUUUUAUUGUUAAUCAUAAUCAUAGUCCUGUUCAAGAUUGAGAAGCAUUCCCAGAGUAUAUUUUCUUUUGAAAAGUAUUAGAUCUUGUUAACUUACUGAAUAUAUACAAGUUUUAAACUGUGUAACUUACAGUAUUUUUCCUAAAAAUCAUUAGUAUGAAGAGUUGAUGAUGACAUUAAGAAUGAAAAGUCAUUGAUAAAGGACCCUUCACAUUUAAGUGGAUUACAUUUUCAAGAAUUUUUGAAGUGGCAAUUCUUAAUGGUCAGGUUUUAGUAAGAGUUUUUCACUACAGAUGUAUACCGUAAUUUAAUCAAGAAGCAGUUGACAUUGAUGUCAGUGUAUUUUCACUUGUCUAUAUAUGUUCGCUGUAUGGUAUGUUGUUAGUAUGAAAGCAUUUAGUGGUAUAAUACACUGUAUUCUUAGUCUUAAAUAAUUGUGUGGGAUAAAUAUAUUGCAUUGUCGGUAUGAAUGCACUGUGUGGUGUGUACACAUUGUGUUGUUUGUGCAAAUAUACAAUUUAAACAGAGAAGCAUUGCGUAUCAUAGUAUACAGCAAAACCGUUUUAUUUUGUGGGAAUGGGAUUUCAUAGUUUUGCUCUAAGCAGCUAUGCAUAGAGAUACAAAUUCACAGAAUUCAAAUUUUGAACAUAAAUUGAAUUGGAACUUGACUUAUUCCUUGGGAUUAAUAUUCAUGGAUUGAAGCGACCAUGAAUUCCAUGAAAAUUAGUCUCCUUUAAUAUUGAUGACUUCACAUUGUACACUUUGUGUACACUGUAUACACAUUGUGUUGUGUGUGUGUGCAGACAAUGUGUGAAAUAAUCACAUUGUGUUGUGUGUAUGCAGACAUUUAGUGUUAUAUUUACUUAGUGUGUCAGUCAGUAUGAUGUCAUACUGUGCUAAGUGAGAUAAAUAUGUACAUAUAUAUAGAUAAGAGAUAAAUAUUUGUACACAUAGGUUUAAUUUAUGAAUAUAUAUAUAUAUGCAUUAAUGAAAUUAUGUGAUUUAAGAUUAAUUUAAGGUAUAUUGUUAAUUGUUUAUACGUUAUAGUACUUUAAAACUGUUAAAUCUGAACAUGGCUUAGGUAUGCGAUACAAACGUUUUGUCUAAGGUUUUAAAUAUGAACAGAGUUCAUGUAUACAUAUUUAGUAAGACUGCAUUGUAAAUAAUAAGAUGAACACGUGUUAAUCAUAAGGAGAUAUUUAAGGUACAUAUGAAGACAUGUUUUGUUAGAAUUAAAUGUAGCAAAUCAAAUGCAAAUACUUUUUUUGUGUACCAUAUCAUACUGAGUAUUGCUUCAGUUAUUUUUAACUUUAAAAAAAUGAAAAAUCUUUUUAAACCUGCCUGAAUUAAACACAAAGCAAGAUGUACAUUUCGUGUUUUAUGAAGCAUUUUUGCUUGGUAGACUUAAUAAGAUACCCAUCUACUGCAAUAUAACUACUGUAAAUGUACAAAGAGAAUUAGUCAGUAUUUGUUCUAUUGCACAUUUACCCACCUAUAAGAUGAUCCUUCUGUAAGAAGAAUCUCUUUAAUAACUUAAUAAGUUGGCAGUAUUUUGCAGACUGUUUUAAAAAUACUUUAUGUCAGUGACAUUGACUUGCUUAUUAGACUAGGCAACACUUAAGGUCUGAAUUUUAUGGAGAAAUACCUCGUCUUGCGGUUGAGUAAAUAUGGUACACUGACAAGCACUGCUGUGUGAACAUCAAAAAGGUUUCAGCUACCUCAAAGAUACACCAGAUACAUUUAAAAAAUACAUACCGGUAGUCCUUUUCAUUUGGUAUUCACCAGUACCAGUAUAUCUGUGGAAAGGAGUUUAAUUUGUGUUUAUAUUGGUACUUAGCAAAGCAUAUGUUGUUUGUUUUAGAAUCAUGUAGAGUACAUUCUGUUGAAUAUUUUAAUACCUCACAAGUAUGGUAGGUAAAGUGAAAGUCUUUGGAGAUUUUUGACUAACCAUGUAGUUCACUGGACAUAAUCUAGAAAGCUUUAAAUCUUUAAUUUGAUGUAAAUACAUCAUUAUAUUGUGUUCAUUAUCUAAUAGAUUUUAUGUAUGAGCCGCGCCAUGAGAAAACCAACAUAGUGGGUUUGCGACCAGCAUGGAUCCAGACCAGCCUGCGUAUCCACGCAGUAUGGUCAGGACCCAUGCUGUUCGCUUUCAGUCUAUUGCAAUUAGAGAAACCGUUAGCGAACAGCAUGGAUCCUGACCAGACUGCGGGGAAGCGCAGGCUGGUCUGGAUCCAUGCUGGUCGCAAAGCCACUAUGUUGGUUUUCUCAUGGCACGGCUAUAUCUAAUGCGAGAUGAAUGUUGAUGUAAGUAGGAAGAACUGUCCCUGUGUUUGUUUUUAGAGAAUAGGGUUUAUAACAAGUUCAUUAGAAGCUCUAGUCAAAAUAUGUCCCCAAUUUUUUUUGCUUUUAUAAGUUUCUACACAAUAAAUUUCAUUGGAAUCAUUAAAGUUUGAGUGUAUUAUUUUUAUCUGUAACUAAAGCAAAGUUCAUGUUUUACACAGCUGAUUUUUAACUAGCCUGCUUAUUUUUUUCUUUUCUUUUCAAUAUUUAAAUCAAUAAAAAUCCUCAAAUUUCAUGUUAAGUUAAAAUCAAUUAAAUGGUCAGUUUUUGUGUUAAUUAUCUUGCCAAAUACUUUUCAAAUCAAAUAAUAUUAUGUGUUUACAAAUUUUUGAAGUUAUACUUGCCAGAUAUAAUUGAAGUUGUAGUAUCUAUACUUUUAGAAAUAUUUUCUAACUUCAUUUGGGUGAAUAUGGCAUUAUUUGUGGCAAAAAAAACUUCCAUCUUUAAUUGGGCAAGAAAAAAGCAAAAUUCACCUGUGUGAAGUCUUGAUCAAGUAUACAGUUAAAUGAGCAGCACCAUGAGAAAACCAAUAUAGUGGGUUUGCGACCAGCAUGGAUCAAGACCAGCCUGCACAUCCGUGCAGUCUGGUCAGGAUCCAUGCUGUUUGCUAUCAAAGCCUGUUGCAAUUAGAGAAACCGUUAGCGAACAGCAUGGAUCCUGACCAGACUGCGCAGAUGCGCAGGCUGGUCUAGAUCCAUGCUGGUCGCAAACCCACUAUGUUGGUUUUCUCAUGGCACGGCUCAAAUAGUAGUUUAUGUUUAAGUAUCUUUGAAGAUUAAUCAUUGGUAUUUGCGUAAUUUGUAUGUGUUACACCUAAUAGGUAUUCAAAGUUUAUUCUUGGUACAUUUGUCAAGUGGCAGAGUUAUUGUAUCAAUAUAAUUGAUAUUGGGGGGACGUACAUAUAUAAUAUGAGCCGUGCCAUGGUAAAACCAACAUAGUGGCUUUGCGACCAGCAUGGAUCCAGACCAGCCUGCGCAUCUGC